AUGGAGCAUCAUCGCUUGCCUCAAGUGGAGCUCCACGAGAGAUCUCGGAAGGGCCCGUGUUUUAAGUGCGGCGACAAGUGGAAUACCCAACAUCGUUGUAAGGGCCCUCAACUGCAGUUGUUGCUUAUCGACGAUGACGACGAGGAGGAUGGAGAUACCAAGGCCGCACCAGUGCGUGACGUUCCGGUGGGGAUACCGUCCGAGGAAGAGGCUCUCUUUCAAAUGUCCAUGUUUAGCUUACUUGGGCUCUCUUCGAACCAAAGUAUGAAGUUGUGGGGGUCAAUAAGAAGGGAACGUUUAGUGAUGAUGGUGGAUAGUGGAGCUUCGCGGAAUUUUGUGGAACGUUCGGUGGCUGAACGGUUGAAGCUCACAGUGGAGGCCACUCCCACUUACAACGUGGUGGUAGGGGACGGUUACAAGGUGCAAUGUCAGGGUGUUUGUCGCAAUUUCACCAUCGAUGUUCAAGGUGCCCAUUCUUGUCAGGAUUUAUUCCUCUUCGAGUUAGGAGGUGCUGAGGUUAUUUUAGGGCUUGAUUGGCUGAAAGGUUGGGGCGAAAUGAAGGCUGAUUUUGGUAAUCUCACUCUUAAGGUUUGCGUGGAGGGACGAGAGGUCACGCUGAAGGGAGAUCCGGUUCUGUCCAAUACCACUACUGUGACCAUGCUGCGUUCCAUGGUCAAGGCUUUAUCUACAGCUCAACAGGGUUUUGUGGUGGAUCAACAUUGGCAACAAGAGGGCACUAAGGCUGUCGAAAGCUUGUGGCCUGAAUUGGAAGCUUUAUUAAGCGAUUAUGCUGCUGUUUUUCAAGAACCUCAGGGCCUUCGACCAAAGCGACGACAGGACCAUUCCAUUUGUCUCAAGGCAGGAAGUACAAUACCCAAUGUCAGGCCCUACAGGUAUCCUUAUUAUCAGAAAGCCAUCAUUGAAAAUUUGGUUUCUGAAUUACUGGUUUCAAUGAUUGAAGAGCUUCUGGAUGAAUUAGGGGGAGCAAAGGUUUUCUCUAAGUUGGACCUCAAAUCAGGUAAGGGCAGAACAGAGCAUGUGCAACAUCUCCAGAGGGUGUUUGAGGCUUUAAGUGACAAUGGUCUUGUGGCCAAUCGAAAAAAAUGCUCGUUUCUUAUUUCUCAACAUGGGGUAUGUGCUGACCCAAAGAAGGUUGAGGCCAUUCUUCAAUGGCCAAUUCCAAAAAGCCUUAAAUCGUUGAGAGGAUUUUUAGGUCUCACUGGGUAUUACCAAAAAUUCGUCCAAGAUUAUGGGAAGAUAGCAAAGCCCUUAACCGACUUAUUAAAGAAGGAUGGUUUUAUUUGGCAUGAUCAGACUCAGUUCACAUUUGAUACUCUCAAGACAACCAUGACUACUCUUCCAGUCCUUGCAUUUCCUGAUUUCACCAAGCCUUUUAUGGUGGUCACAAAUGCUUCUGGCCGUGGGGUAGGGGCUGUCUUAAUGUAA